AUGGCUGAGGCCUCCACCCCGAAACUGGGGGAAAAAGCAGAAGCCACACCUUGCCCCAGUGUCCUGCAGCUGGAAGAGCUCCUGAGGGCCGGGAGAGCUUCUUGUAGCCGCGUAGACGAAGUCUGGCCCAACCUUUUCAUAGGAGAUGCGGCCACGGCAAAUAACCGCUUUGAGCUGUGGAAGUUGGGAAUUACCCAUGUGCUGAACGCCGCCCACGGGGGACUCUACUGUCAGGGAGGCCCUGACUACUACGGCAGCAGUGUGAGCUACCUGGGGGUACCAGCCCACGACCUCCCUGAUUUCAACAUCAGCACCUACUUCUCCUCAGCAGCUGACUUCAUCCACCGUGCCCUCAACACUCCUGGGGCUAAGGUGCUAGUGCACUGUGUGGUAGGUGUGAGCCGCUCUGCCACACUGGUCCUGGCUUACCUCAUGCUGCACCAGCGGCUGCCCCUGCAGCAGGCGGUCCUUGUGGUGAAGGAGCGCCGAUGGAUCUUCCCCAAUCGCGGCUUCCUCCGCCAGCUCUGCCAGCUGGACCAGCAACUGCGAGGAGCAGGCCAGAGCUAA